AUGAACAUCCAAAGCUUACUUCACCCCUCUCAUCCAGCUGCACCGUCUCCAACACAGCGGCUAUCACCGACUGAAAAGAUAUUGAUUCCAUACGAAAUCGACUGCAAAUCUGGUUCCUCAAGUGAAGCCAAGCGACGCCAGGCUAAUGCCAUAGCGUCGCGACAAUUCCGAAAGAAUAGGCGCGAGGGAAUACCUCUCCAAGUGGGUGAAUUGAGUGUGCGUGUAUUCAGGCUGCAGGAAGACCAAAAUAAAUAUGUCGUUUAUCCCCAAAACCAUGUCCUUUCGCAAUGCCAAGCCCUUUUUGGUUCAGAGAAAUCUGGAUUUGCACCCGAGCAGGUUUUCAUCGUGAUUCACAAGAUAUCAACCGCUAUUGUCAUCCGCUCAGAAGAGCUUGACUUUCUCUUACGCAUCAUGCAGACAAGACUUUGCUCAUUUGGCGUCUUUGAUACUGAUGAGGGCCGCUUUAUCCGGCUCGCUAUUGCAUUUUCCCGAAAUAUCUCACUCUUAGGAGUUCAACAACCCUAUUCAAGCGUGAAAGAUGGAGGCCGUUUAGUGGACCUUGAGAGUGUUGUUCCUGGCACUUGGGAGAUUAAAGUUCGCUUUCCGGGUCCGGAAGUUGUAUGCGUGCGAGGCAGUGUGACUGAGCUUACGCAGAGUAUUCGCUACGAAGAGCCUCACUCACCUCCAGAGCUGAACUAG